AUGUGGGUACUUGGUCUCCACAAAGUCCAUGGAGAAGAGAGCAUUGUAGUGCUCUUGGUACAUGGGGAGCUCAUCCUCUUCCUCUGUUCAGCCUCCUCCAUUGGCUUCUCUUGGCUCUCAUGCACACUUCCAUCAACUCUUGAUUCACCUCUUCUCCUUCCUCUUCACUCUCAGUCUCAUCACUUCCUUCUUCACUUGGAGAGCCAUACCCUCCUCUUGAACAAGGUUCACUCCAAUCUCAAACUCCCUUGUUCACUUUCACUACUAAUGGGGUCAUUCCUCUUCUUGGUUCUCCUUUCCUCCCUCAAUCUCUCGUUCUCAGACUGCUCCUCAGAGUAG